AUGUUCACCUGGCAUCGGGGUAGAUUACAGGAGAUUGGGGAUAUUGGCAGAGCAGAAUGUGGCAGAAGCCAUUUAUUCAAAGGAGAAUGUAGAAUCAAGGACUUCAAACUUUCGAUGCGAGAAUCUAAAAAACAGAGUCGAAGUCGAUGGAAAUGUUUUUUCGUUGUCGUGCCGGAGAAUGAAGUCAAAUUUCUGGCAGCUGAGCAGUUGUGCAUAGAUAGAGGAGCAACACCGGCAAAUAUUUACGAUCGCCAUCAAUUCGGCAAGAUAAUAAAUUAUCUUCAUGAGUUAAGACAAACAUUUUAUCACGUAUAUCUUGGUAUGAAGUUCAAUCCUGAGAAUGACGAACUCGCCUUCUAUGACGGAAGCCCAGGAUCGUCUCUUUGAACAGAAAAGAUGACAAGAGCGCUUAAUUAAUCGUAAGGCAAGAUAGGAUAGCCAUUAAAGUUGUACGACAAUAACAUUUCAUU